AUGGGCUUCGCAUUGAAGAAGCCCGACGAUGCUGUCGGUUCGGCGGCCCCGGCUAUUAUUAUCGGUCUUUUCGUUGCCUUUGGUGGUGUGCUCUUCGGAUAUGACACCGGUACCAUCAGCGGUAUUCUGGCCAUGAAGAAAUGGCGCGAGAUGUUCUCGACUGGAUAUGUUAACCCUAAGGACGGCCUCCCCGAUGUUACUUCGUCCCAGUCCUCGAUGAUCGUCUCCCUUCUCUCUGCCGGUACUUUCUUCGGCGCUCUCGGCGCUGCCCCUAUUGCGGAUUACUUCGGUCGUCGCAUUGGCAUGAUUCUCGACACUUUUGUUUUCUGCUUCGGUGUUAUCCUGCAGACAGCCUCUACUUCUAUCCCCCUGUUUGUGGCUGGCCGAUUCUUCGCUGGUCUGGGUGUCGGUCUUCUCUCGGCAACUAUUCCUCUGUACCAGUCUGAGACUGCUCCUAAGUGGAUUCGUGGUACCAUUGUCGGUGCUUACCAGCUGGCCAUCACCAUCGGUCUGCUGCUGGCUGCCAUUGUCAACAAUUCUACUAAGGACCGCAUGGAUACCGGCUGCUACCGUAUCCCUGUCGCUGUUCAAUUCGCCUGGGCUAUCAUUCUGGUCGCUGGAAUGAUUAUCCUGCCCGAGACUCCCCGUUUCCUUAUUAAGAAGGACCGCUACGAGGACGCCACCAAGGCACUUGCCCGUCUCCGCCGCGUCGACGUCAAUGAUCCCGCUAUCGUCGAGGAGCUCUCCGAGAUCCAGGCCAACCACGAGUUCGAGCUCCGUCUUGGCAAGGCUACCUACCUGGAGAUUCUGCGCGGCUCUAUCGGCAAGCGUCUGGCAACUGGUUGCGGAAUUCAGGCUCUGCAGCAGCUGGCCGGUGUGAACUUCAUCUUCUACUACGGUACAACCUUCUUCCAAAACUCUGGCAUCCAAAACUCCUUCGUCAUCACCCUUAUCACCAACAUCAUCAACGUCGUCUCUACCUUCCCUGGCCUCUACAUGGUCGAGAAAUGGGGUCGCCGCCCUCUCCUCAUGUUCGGUGCCGUCGGCAUGUGCGUCUCCCAACUCAUCGUCGCCAUCGUCGGCACAGCCGCCUCCUCCACCGUCGCAAACAAAGUCCUCAUUGCCUUCGUCUGUGUCUACAUCUUCUUCUUCGCCUCCUCGUGGGGCCCUGUCGCCUGGGUCGUAACCGGCGAACUCUUCCCCCUCAAGGCCCGCGCAAAGUGUCUCUCCAUCACGACCGCGACAAACUGGCUCCUCAACUGGGCGAUCGCCUACGCCACUCCAUACAUGGUGAACAGUGGACCUGGCAAUGCCAACUUGCAGUCCAAGGUGUUCUUCAUCUGGGGCGGGUUUUGCUUCAUUUGUGCGCUUUUCGUGUAUACUUGCAUCUAUGAGACUAAGGGUCUCUCGCUGGAGCAGGUUGAUGAGCUCUACGCUAAGGUUCCUCGGGCUUGGAACUCGGUUGGUUGGGAGCCUUCCGUGCAUUAUACUGAUGUGCGUGAUGUGGCUGGUAAUGUUAAGGGCGGGAAUGACCUGGCUCAGCUUGAGACUGAGGCUAAUGAGAAGCGGAGUGGGGAGCAUGCCACUCAUAUGGAGAGCAUUACUGGCAAGAUGGAGGCUUAG